AUGUUACCAUUAGAUUGCUCCACUCUGGUAACAGAUGCACUUUAAACUCGUCCUCUUUGUGUAAAUGCCAUAUAGGCCGAGCUGAUACAAUCUGACGUUUUCAGUUUCUUUAUAACACUACGGUGUCCUUGACUCAUUUAAGGUUCCUCUAACCACGUAGUUGUAUUUCUGCAGCCCGGGGUGUCAGUAAUGCUCAUGUCCCAGCAAGUCUCAGACAUUUGCUUCCCUGCUCGUUCUCAAAGAGCAGAGGAACUACACACGCACACAGUACACGUUGCCAUUUAAAGGCAAGCGCUUAUUAACAACUCUUUGAAGUUGCUAUCCAAACUGCGCGCACUUACCAACGCAUUUCAAAGUAAUGUCAGCUUAGUUACUCGUAUUAUUCACAUUCCAGUCUCCUUUUCACCUUUAAUUGUAGGCCUCACGCGGGACUCGGGAGUGGCUUUUUGUGACCCGAGGGUGCGCCCUGAGCGGCUGACACGCAGAGCUGCGCAAUGAUCGAGGGUGAGAGCAUAGGUGGGAUCUGGAACAAUGGGUGUGUAGCGACGGAAGAGACACAACAGCCAAAGAAGAACCUCUCCUGGACGCUUCAUUUGAUUUUUGUUUAAUAAAUAGGAUGUCCAAGCGAAUCAGACCCGGCUAUUACCGCCAAGACGUCAACAAAACCUCAUGGGAAGUACCGGAGCGGUACCGGGAGCUGAAGCAGGUGGGGACCGGGGCGUACGGGACUGUAUGCUCAGCAGUGGACUCCAGAACAGGAACCAAAGUGGCAAUCAAGAAGCUGUACAGGCCGUUCCAGUCGGAGCUCUUCGCCAAGCGGGCCUACAGGGAGCUGAGGCUUCUCAAACACAUGAAACAUGAAAAUGUGAUCGGCCUGUUUGAUGUUUUCACCGCUGACCUCUCUCUGGACAGAUUCCAUGAUUUUUAUCUGGUGAUGCCGUUCAUGGGGACAGAUCUGGGGAAGCUGAUGAAGCUGCAGAAGCUGUCAGAAGAGAAAAUUCAGUAUUUGGUUUAUCAAAUGCUCAAAGGGCUCAAGUAUAUUCAUUCUGCUGGAAUAAUUCACAGGGACCUCAAACCAGGAAAUCUCGCCAUCAACCAAGACUGUGAACUCAAGAUCUUGGACUUUGGUUUGGCGCGGCAGACAGACAGCGAGAUGACGGGGUACGUGGUGACUCGCUGGUACAGAGCCCCAGAGGUCAUCCUGAGCUGGAUGCACUACACGCAGACUGUGGAUAUUUGGUCCGUGGGCUGCAUCAUGGCGGAGAUGCUGCAAGGAAAACCUCUUUUUAAAGGCAGCGACCACCUAAAUCAGCUGACUGAGAUCAUGAAGCUCACAGGAACACCGACUCAGGAGUUUGCAUCAAAACUAGAAUCUGACGACGCCAAAGGCUACAUCAAAAGCCUUCCAAAAGUGGAGAAGCAAGACCUUCAGAAUGUGUUUUCUACAACUAAUCCACAAGCCGUGUCCGUGCUGGAGCGCAUGUUAUUGUUGGAUCCGGAGAGCAGGGUAACCGCUGCGGAGGCUCUCAUACUGCCUUACUUCACUGAGUUCAGAGAACCAGAGGACGAGACGGUAGCACAGCCGUAUGACCACUCGUUAGACAACACGGAACAGUCCUUGGACCAGUGGAAACGUCACACCUUCACAGAGAUCUUGACCUUUAAACCAGUUGUGCCAGAUUCCAAGGAAACCGCACUCUAAGACACAUUCCAGAGGUGCAGCGCGGGACAGAAUAAACUAUCAUGUCUUUUUGUUAAAUCUUGAGCUCAACUGGGAGAACUCUUUAAUCACAAGGCUCUAUGAAUGCCUUUGGAUCCAGUUCACAAUUGUCUUUUAAUUGCAAGCUGUCAUGUUUUUGGAUUUGUCAUUCAACAUCAUGUUGGUCCAGUAGCUUUCUUCUUGACUUUAGCAUCAGACCUUUCCAUCAUGUCCUACAGUGCUGAGGAUGAUAGUUAAGUUGCUGUAAAUCAGGUUUUAAUAUUCUUUCAUAAGUAACUAGGUUAUGGGGUGUAUUACUUCAGUUACUUAGUUCAAUUUCACUUCAGUGGUACAUAUAUGUUGUAUGAGUUUUUUUUCGUUAGACUACCUACGAUGUAAUAUGUUGUUUUGUGAAGUAGACUACAUGUCCUUAAAAGACAUUUAAUUGGCAUUAUUUGGACGUCCUUGUGUGCGUGCAUCUGUGUGUGUCUGUGUGUGUGUGUGUGUGUGUGUGUGUCUAGUCUACAUGUCUGCUCUUCUGACCUCGUUAUUCCUCCCAGUGGCCUAAAGAUAACGACAAAACAAAUAAACUGCCCAGCUGCUAAUCGUACGAAAUUCAUCCCAGCAGGUUGUGCACAAACAUUCACAUUGUAAUUUCACACCAAGAUCAGACUUACAUCCAAUGUUUUUGUUUUUUUUAAACACAGAAAGUAGCACAAAACACAGUCUAUGUUGAUUUGUGAAUGAAUGUACCACUCAUGCAUUUUUUUAUAUCAUUAAAGACUCCAAUUAUGA